CUCUCUCUCUCUCUCUCUCUCAGAGACUAAUGUGUGCGUGAGUGACUGUGUACUCAGCUGAAAUUGCGGUGUUAAUAUAUAUCAAGGUUUAAGUGGAAGUAGGACAAGUGGUUGAAUUACAGUAUAUUUACUUUUUAACUAGUUUUUGAGACUCCUGAUUGGACAUUAUAUACAUAGUAUACUUGUAGUCUCAUUUGCUUUCUCUAACACUAUACUACUUUUUAUUUACUUAUUUUUUCACUAGCUAUAGUUUUUAAGAACUUGUUUUUCACCUAGUUUAAUAGUACCAGCAUGUGCUGCUUGGGCUUAGGCGACAUUCUAAACUUAGAGUCUAAACCCUUUACUCAGGUUACAAAUCUACCCCGUUCUUUUCACUGACAUGCACACACUGAGCCAGUAACCCAGAGAGACACUGCUAACUCCACCGUCUCCUGCGCAUAGGACAGUUCAGCUUCUUUGUAUCAUGUUCAAUAGCUAAAAUGCUGCCAAGAUACAACAGUUUAAGCUACUUACACAACAUUGGGUGUAUAGUUAUCACUCAGCACUGACAUCUGCAUACAUACAGUUGAAGUCAAAAGUUUACAUACACCUUGCAGAAUCUGUGAAAUGUUAAUUAUUUUACUAAAAUAAGAGGGAUCAUACAAAAUGCAUGUUAUUUUUUAUGUAGUACUGACCUGAAAAAGACAUUUCACAUAAAAAGAGAUUUAUAUAUAAUCCAAAAAGAAAAUAAUAGUUGAAUUUACAAAAAUGACCUUGUACCUUGUAUUAAGCGCCAACUUUUGAAUGGAAUGAGGUUGUGUACAUUUUCCUAAAUAUCUUACUGCCCUUUAGAAGCUACAGAAGAUACUUGCAUGUUCCCCAGAAGACAAAAUAAGUUAAAUUUACCCUAACCCUUCAAAUUCCAAAAGUUUUCACCCCCCCCAGCUCUUAAUGCAUCGUUUUUCCUUCUGAGGCAUCAAUGAGUCCCUCAGUUGUCCUCAAUGUGAAAAGAUGGAUCUCAAAAUCUUACAGUCAUUGUUGGAAAGGGUUCAAAUACACAAACAUGCUGAAAAACCAAAGAAUUUGUGGGACCUGAAGGAUUUUUCUGAAGAACAGCAGGCAGUUUAACUGUUCAGGAAAAACAAGGGACUCAUGAACAACUAUCACCAAACAAAAAAACACAGCUGUGUAUCAUUCAGGUAACAACAAGAAUCAAGUGAAUGUAAACUUUUGAAUGACCCUGUCAUUUUUAUAAAUUUAUAAAUUCAUUGCAAAAAGGACUAUCAAAAGAGCUCAGAGAGAUGCUGUAUGAGAGUUAUGCUGACAAAUGCCUCCUGGCUGUUUACAGCUGCUCAGACUCACAAGAUCUCCACAGAUUCAAUUAGAAUCUGACUGGGUUCUCUCUUUACAAAAUACUAAGAUGAGCAAGAUUAUUUUGUAUAGAUAAAUACACUCUUUGUUAAGCCCUGAGACAGAGACAGUAGUGGUGACAGGGAAACACAUUCAGUGCAGUUUAGAUAAUCAGGCAGUACAUUAAAAACCGAGAAAGAUUUAUCAAUAGGACUUCAGUAUGCUAGACAUUACGCUAAAUACACAUAAUGCUAAAACAACGUGAUGACAGAACUGUACAAGGAUAUACCUAAGGUUGCAUGCUAAGAAUCUAAUUCUUAACAUUCUUAACAAAAACUGAAAUCAAAUAGCUGUUUGUGUUGUUCAAUCAUUAGUUCUCAAAUGGGAGACCAGUAAACUUCCAAGAAACGUAGUGAACUGGGCAUAAAAACAUAAAAUAUUGCUAAAAAUGGUAAUUUAUAAUUCAUCCCCUCAACAUGAGCAGAUGUUGAAGAUUUGCACUGCCAAAUUCUGUCUUCAGAGAUACUUUUUUAUUCUUCCUUUAAAAAAAACUUAAAAAACAGACUAGUUGAACAGGGUAGGUAGGAAAUUUAAGUCAUGAAGAAUGUCCUCAUUUUCUCCGUACAUUUUUUUGCAUCUGCAUAACUUUUAAACUGAUCAAAAACAGCUUUGGUACAUAUUUAUUUAUUUGGUUUUAUUAAAUAAAAAAUGCCUUGAAAUCAGUAUGAUUAAUUAGUAUCAACAGCCCUUAAAUUCUGUAAAAACAUGAAAAAAGCUCUGCUUUACAUUCACUCUAUCUUCGCACUGAUAGAAAGUGGCAGAAAGUAAUGAUGUCGAACAUAAGUAGGGCUGUGCUUUUCUAAAUUCCAGACAUGUUAGAAUAGCAAACCUGGAAAUGUCAGCCCUAAUAUUACAACAUCUAGUACAAAAGUGAAAUUUAGCACCAGUAAACAAAAAGUUCCACAUUUACUUGCUAUGAGCAAUGGCCACUGAUUCACUAGGCCCUUUGUCCCUGUAUACCAGCGAUGUGAGAAUGCUGCUGCUCUCGCUUUCCACAAGAACCCCUGGCACAAAGAGGCACUGACCAGCCCACACAAACAUGCCAGCAGUGCUUCAGAGUGCUUCACUCAUCUGCUGAGUGGACGCACAGAGGAAAGGGGAGAGUACGGAAUAGAUGGAAGUUAGAAAUGAGCAGUAGAGAGAGUGCGGUUUAUACAGGAGAGGAAAAUGGAAAGGAAGAGAGAGAGGGAGAGGAGUGACUCCAUCGAUAAGUGGAUCUAUCGUCGCACUAUUGAACCUGAAUUUGAAGCCGGCUGCAUACAUCAUGGCAUGCUGCUGCUGCUACUGCUGUCCUAUUCCGUGCCUCAGAAACUGCUUCUUGUUUUCAGCGAUAUCACCCGCUGAGCUCGAUGCCUUAUGGAAUGACCCUCCAUACGCUUUAGCAGCCGUCAGUGAGCUCUUUUCACCCAAUGACGCCAUGACAGCUGAUGAGGAAGCGGAGGCUGAGGCCGAGGUGGAGGCAGAAGGCAUAAGCAGAGAGAUUUACUGGAGGAGGAAGGAAACAUUCAGCGGAAGCAGCACAGUAUCUUCAGCCGGAGAACGCUUCUCUCCAGAUGUUGUUUUGUUGUUUAGCGGGAGGCGACGAUCUGGUGUAGCACCUGACGGUGCGCUUCAAGAGGCGUUGCGUACCAGACUCCGAGUAGUAGAAAGCAACAGCCAGGAUGUUGUCCAGCUCUUCAAGGAUCUGUCUGCAAGACUGGUGUCUGUUCAUGCUGAAAAAGACAGCUUUAUCAUCACCUUUAAGACCGUCGAAGAAAUUUGGAAGUUCUCCACUUACCUGGCACUCGGAUAUGUAGCAAGAUGUCUUGAGAACUUUCUCUGUGACCAGUCGUUUUGGCUGGACCCUGCAUUGCUAAGUGAUGUGGAGAUCUGUGUAACAGUGGAUGAAGACCACUUAGCUACUCUUUACUUGGGACUUCUGUUACAGGAAGGUACAUUCUUUGCCAAGACUUUAUAUAACAGUGAUUGCAAAGAGGAGGAAGAGGAGCUGACCUACAGAAGGAAUGACCUGGUCAUGGUUAAAGACAUAGGACAAGAGGCCAUGUGGGAGGGUACGCUGCUGUCCACAGGCCAACAUGGUCUAGUGCCUGUGCAUGAUAUGCAGCCUCUGCCCUAUCCGUUUUACCAGUGGUUUCUUAAGAAAUAUCCCGGAAAUGCAGGAGGGAUUCCAGUUACAGAAGGCCUCUUCAAUCAUCCUGUUGCCGUGGGGACUUGUGUAGCAGUAGUGGACCAUUACCCAGUGGUUAAAGAUGAGCUGCACUUAUGCCAGGGAGACAUAAUCAAGAUUGAGGGAUUUCUUUUCAGUACUCUGAACAUGUUCAUAGGAAGACACCUCACUAGUGGAGAGAUAGGAUUUGUUCACAAGGCCAGCGUAAAGCCUCAGAGCAUUGAGCCUCUCGAUGGACAAUUGGUCUUUCUGAGUGAGGAGGAAAGGGCGGCCCUGUCUAAACUUAACCCCUGCUUUGAGCCCUGCCAGUCUGAUGUACUGGCAAAUCUUUUCUCCACUGACAUAAGCACUGUGUAUAGAUUGGAUAGACUUGAUGACUCUGAUUUCACUUACAUAAGAAAUAAUCCAAAGUCAGAGCAGAAAUCUACAGUGGAUCAAAGAAAAAGCACCAUAUCUGAAAAAAGUGAUGCAACUCCCUACCACUCGUCCCCACGGCAAUCACUCUAUGCCUCUCGGAACCAUCUGGACCGGGACUCUGAGGUCCUUUCUUUCAGCCUGGAGGACACCUUCAGAGAGAUGGAUGAAUAUGAGGAAGACCCUCCAAACUUCAUGGAUGAGGGUAUCUGGGAGGCUGAUGAAGCCGAAAGAUGUGACCCAAUUCUGACUCUUCUAAAUCUGGAAUAUUUUCAGGACACAUUUCAAACUCUUUACGAUCUCUCCUACUCUUUCCUGGACACUUUCUUCCAUGGCCUUCCAGAGGACGAGGUGCUUCAACAUCUGGAAAACUUGCGAGAAGGAGCUAAGAAAGGCAGGAUGCUCUGGGCCCACCGGCGAGCCUGCUUCCUUCUUGGCCGGCUGUGUGCCAAGAAACUGAAGUACUCGCAAGCACGAGUGUACUAUGAGGAGGCUCUAAAGGUCCCUGUAAAUGGUUUUGAUGACAAGCCUCUUCUAAUUGCCCUGUAUACCAAUCUCACUGCUGUUUACCUCAAACAGAAGAUGAUGGACAAGCUACCAUUUACACUAGACAAGGCAAGUGCUCUAAUUAUGUGUCUACCUUGCCACACCUUCUGCUCUGUGGAUGAGUUUGAGCUGCUCAAACCAAUCAUGCGCAAAGCCAUAAUUGAAAAAGACAAGUACCUAGAGGCACGGACAUGCUACCUCUCUCUCUGUCUCUUUCUCCGUCUAAAGAAAAUCGAGGAUGCUUUACCUUUUGUAGAGAGACUUCAGUUCCUUACCAUAACUCUGUCUGGGGAAGAAGGGAGGCCAAUUGCCCCAGUUGAUCUCAACUGGAUGCUGUGCAGGCUUUAUCAUAAAAAGUAUUUGCCCUACCUCACACUAGCUUCUUUAAGUCUAGACUCAGGGCAAGAGCAUUCCUUGGAUGAUGCAUUCCAGAAAAUUGAACUCUUUAUCAAGAACUCAGUCAGGCUUAAUCCUCACUGGAAGGAAAGUACUUCUGUGCUUCCUGCACAGGUGGUGGUCUACCUUCAGCAGGCCUUGUCAAUUGCUAGUCAAGGGGAAGACUUGCAGACUCAGAGGGACCUGUGCCUGAGCCUCGCUAGUGUUUACCAGCAGCAUGGAGCUUUAGAGAAGGCCGUGCCCUUUGCCCAACAAGCAGCACAGACUGGAAGCCAAAUUAACAAAGAGGAGGGCUUUGAGGCAUCCAUACUGCUGGCUUGGCUAUUGGUGUUAACGGAGGAACCCAUACAAGCUCAGAAUACUCUGCAACCUAUGCUUAAAUGUUUGGAUGAAACAGACAGUCCAACACAACGUGGUGUAGUUUACAACCUUCUAGCCCUGUGCCUCCGCAAACAGGACAGAGUCCAGGAGGCAGCAAGAAACUUUUUUUGUGCUCUCCAGAUCUCCCGAGAGAAUGGGAACAAGCGUAACGAAGCUCUGGCGCUGGCUAACUUGGGCUGCUUGUCUCUAUCUGUAGGGGCUUCAGGCCUAGCAGAGUGUUUCCUGCUCAAUUCCCUGCACCUAUUCCAGUUUCUCUCAGAGAGCCCCACAGAUCAGGAGCACGUCCAGGCUUUGCUUUGGCUCGGCAGGAGCUACAAGGAUAGAGGAGGGAGUCAGGAAGUCAGAUUAUGCUUUGAGAUGGGCCUCCUUAUUGCUAUUAGUGCCAACAAUCUGCACAGUCAAAUGGUUGUGGCAAAAGUUCUAAGUCGGCAUUACGCUGACUUGCUGCUGUACGGACAGUGUAUUGUUUACUAUGAGCACUGCGUGGGGCUGUGCAGAACGCUAAAGAAUAAACAGCUGGAAGGAGAGUACCUGGAACUUCUCAGCAGCCUCUAUCUCUCACUCAACACUGAGAAGUCAUCAAGGAAGUCUCUUGAUUAUUCAAAGCAAAGCUUAAGGAUCUCCAUAGACCUGGGAAAAAGACAGGAAGAGUCUGAGACGUGGCUUCAAGUGGGCCGUAUCUACUAUCUGAUCCAUGAAGAUGAACUGGCUGACAUGUACCUACAGGCAGCAGUAAAAACAGCCCUGAAGAUGAAUGAUCCAUGCUUUGCUAUGAGCAUUUAUGAGGAAGCAGGAGAUGUGUUCUUCAAAGGACACAGAAACCAACUGGCUGCCUUACCUUUUUACAGGGAUGGAAGCCUGCCAUUUGCACGCAGCAUUAAGGAUGUGCACUCAGAGUUUAGGCUGUUGAGCAAAAUCACAGAGCUCCUGAUGAAGCAGAAGCAGUACGAAGAGGCACUGCAGUAUGCAACACUCGCAGUGCAGGUCAGCGCCACAACGGGUGUUCCUCUCAAUGAGAGAGUGUCCUUCCAUCGUCUUGCUUCAGUGUACUUCUCUCUAGGGAAGUAUGAGAUGGCUGAGAACUACUACCUGAAGUCUCUUUCACUCUGCCCCACUGCAAUUGAACAUGCCACUGAAGUUCGGUACUAUGUUAAAGUGUACUGCAGACUGGCUGAUCUGACCCUAUACAGAUUAAAGGAUGCAUUUGACGCCAUGGGCUACUUCCAUUUAGCCCUGGCGGCAGCCAUGGAGGACAAAGAAAGCCUAAGCACACUGUACAUAAUCUACAUGAAGCUUGCAGAGAUCCAUGCCAACUACAUACCUGAUGCUGAACUGAGUAAAAGCUACAUGGAAAGAGCACAGAGUUUGAAGAAGGAACUGGCAGGAUACACAGACUCUAGCGACACAGAAGAAACACAUCAGGACUCAGCUGAGGCAGAAUCUGACACUCACACCAAAGCUGGUCAGUCAGACUCCAGCAGUGGCACUAGCACUCUUACAGAGUCCAGCAUGACCAACACCAGCCUUACAAUCAAUGCCCAGGGAGAGUCAGAGAACAUACUCCCUAACACAAGCCACAAAGAUGACACGGACACUAACGUACCAGAGGAAACAGAUGUAGGCCCUCCUGAUCAAACCAAUCCACUAGCUGAGACUAGCUGUGCCGAUAAUACAAGCCUCACUAGUCAAAGCAGUUUAAAGGAAGGCUUGACUAUCAUGUUGUGAAUCAAACACGAUUCUAUCAUUCUGGAAAAAUGUAUUUCUUUUAAUGAAGAACUGCGAUAAGACACUUUUUUCCUUUCUUUUUUUAAUCGAAUGUUUAAAAUUCUAUAAUAUAUUUUCUAUUAGUGCUUCAAAAGUGAAUUUGAACGAUUUUGCAUAAUUGUAAAUGAAUUUGUAUAUCUGUAAAUAUGAGUGUUUUUUAUCUGUUUACCCUCCCUGAGGGUUCUUAAAAUGUUUACUUAAUUAAAACUUAAGAAAUUGUG